AUCAUCAGUAUUUCGUUCACGGCUGCAGGCGCGACUUUCUUCUUUUUUUGUCAUCUGUCAAAAUCAAUCUUGAGCAUUUGCAUAUAAUUCUGGGGUUAAUAAAUUUUUGUAAAUUAUAAGACAAGGGUCCCCAAAAUGUUUUUGACCACGAAGGCAAGGCUUAAAAUUGUCGAUAAUGAGAAACUACACAUUUCUCGUCGGCCUGGUACAGCCGCCUGGCUGUUUCUCGGACUGUCUGUUCUUGUCUUUGUCGAACUUUGUCGUCGUCUCUCCGAAAAUGUCUUUGUAUCAACAGUGUUGAUUUUUGGAGACAUAAUGUUUGUAUUGGACACAUUGGGAGAUUGGGAGGAUUUCGUCUUGGAUAAAGUCGCAAAUAAAGCGACAUUCAGGCGGUCUAGUUGGAGCGAUAAAUUGUGCUUGGGUUCCGCUGGUGAAAAAUCAGUAGUUACAAUGGAAUUGAGCAAAAUUCGACACGUUGGUGUUUCCAUGACUUUGGGGCUGUUCGUUCUUUUAAAGAACGGUAAAACUACUUCUUUGUCAACGCGCGGGCUGCAUCGGGAGGAAAUUCAAACAAUGCGUCGAGAAGUUCACAAUUUUUUGAAUCUAACCAGAAUUGAAUGUCUCGAUAAACUGCCGCCGGAUCAUCACAAUCGCUUGCUCAUACCGUCAGACUCGGACGAUGAAAUCUUCGAUACUGCUGGAAAAACGAAAAAUUAACAGGAUGUAUAAAGAUAUGUUGGAGUGACUACAGUUGUGUGCAUUUGAAAAAGAUAUUCAAUCAAGUGCAAGACGAUUUUUAGCAUUAAUGUUUAGUGCAUAUGUAACGACCGAAAUUUUCUAGUCGAUUUGCCGCUCCGUAUGCUGUUCAUAAAAACUUCUUAUAAAAUGUAGGUAGAUAUGAAUCGGCAAGUAGAUACUAGUGGAAAAUUAGUAAGAUACAUCUUCAUGGAGUAGUCGAUUUUCAACCUGACGGCACAUAUCUUUGGAUUCGAUUCUCCGGUGUAUGCAGGAUGAACUUUUGAUUCCGUACUGAAAAAUGUCGUCAGAGUAAAAUUUUUUAAUCGGUGAUAAAGGAAGUAUUCCGAAAUGUGUACUAAUACGUGCAAAAUUUCGGGACGGUCGUUUCGUAACUAGAAUGAAUAUGCAUGAUUUGUCAUUUUAGAACAGACGUACCGAAAAUGAUAUCUUUAUAGUGCGUUCGGUAUUUAUAUCUGAUUCCUCGAUUACCUCGAAAUGCGACGCUUCUUCUCUCUGCUCGUCACGCGUUUCGCGGUAGUCGAGGAAUCAGAUGUAAAUAUCGAACGUAGCUACGACAGUUCAGUGAGUCCAAUUCAUUUCGGAACGUUCCGAAAUGUCGCAUGUGCUAGCAUACAUUUCAGAAUACGUCCAUAGUCGCACCCUGUGUCACAUAAAGUGAAGUCAAAUCGAAAGUAAAUUGGCGUUUAAAACCGUUCGAUUCGGUACCAAAUUAUUCGAGUGUAUCAAUGGUCGAACCCAAUGUUUUCAGCUCGUGAAUUGAGAGUUUCAAUUAUCCAAGAAUCCCGCAGCGAAGGGUGCAAUUAAACCAAAUUAUUACAGGCAUUUUUAGAAAGCCGCUGGUGUAGGUACCAAAAUGAACCAAAGUAUAGUUUACAUCACACCCAAUAUUCUUCUGGUACACUUAGGGCUGCUAUACUAGUGGCUCGCAAAAAAAAUGCCUUAUACUAGAUAGAAGAGACCUAAUCUUUUGUUUUUAUUGUUCCUGUUUGUCAAAUUUAUGCUUGUUAUACGUUUCAUAAUACACCCGUUAAACGUUUAACGGACGUUCGUGAAUUCGGGAAUCGCUUUCAAGACGAAUUUA